AUGACACAUGUUUCAUUUGCUGCUGUUUUGGAAACUGGAAGAUUUAAUAGCUCUACAAAAUUAAUAGUAUGCACAAUUAUUGUUGUAUUUUUGGAAUCAAUUUUGGAGGCAAUUAUUGCAUUCCUAAUUUCAAAUAUUUCACACUAUGGAUUCGGUUAUAACGUUAGACUUUCUAAAUUUGAGCAUAAAGGAAAAGGUAGUGCCUCAAUUUCUGGAAUAAUGGAUGGCCUAGCUCAAUUUUUUGGACUUCAUGAAUGCUCUAUUGGAUUUUCAGGGGUUAUUUUCAGCUAUUUGACAAUAGCAUCUACAGACACUUCACAAACUACAAAUUCAUUAUUUGGAAUGAUAUCAGUACCAUCUAAGUAUUAUCCUUGGAUUCUCUUAUUGGUAACUAGUUUUCUCUUUCCAAGUAGCUCAUUUGUUGGACAUUUAUUUGGUAUAAUUUCUGGUUACAUUUUUGUAUUGUUAUUUGAGAGAACUUUAUUUAUUUCUCAUUAUUUCAAUGCUAUUAUUUCCAAGAUUGAAAAUUUGGUACCUUCAUCUAUCAAAAAGUUGGAUUCUUUCUAUCAUGGAGAAACUCAAUACAAUGCAAGUGGAGGAAUUGCUCAACAAUCAAUUUGGAAUGAGAAUUAUCAAUCAGAUAAUGGAAGUUAUUGGAGUAAACUUACUGGAGGAAGAACUAUUGGUCAUUAA